AUGUGUACCAAGUAUCCUGUGGUGAAGCGCCGACCUGCACCUUCACCCGCCAGCCACCAACUGGACGACCAGGAGGCCAGGUCUCUCCUCCACCAGCGCAGCACGGCGCCACCCAGAGGCCUGGUCCAGACGGACAGCCCCAACUUCCUCUGCAGCAGCCUGCCAAAGCACUGGAGGUGCAACAAAACCCUGCCGAGAGCCUUCACUGUGGUUGCCCUGGGCAACGACGUGCCAGACGGUGUCGUUGUCACGGUGAUGGCUGGCAACGAAGACAACAGCAGCGCUGAGCUACGCAACGCCACAGCAACCAUGAAGCAAGGCUACGCCCACUUUAAUGACCUCCGCUUCAUAGGUCGCAGCGGCAGAGGUAAGAGUUUCACAAUUUCCAUCAACGUGCUGACGUCGCCGCCUCAGAUCGCCACCUUACACAGAGCCAUCAAGGUGACGGUGGAUGGACAGCGGCUGCCGAGACGACAGAGGCAGAAGGAGGUGAAGUCAGGAGUGUUCAGGUCAUCCAGCAGCAGCUCUGCAUCAUCAGAUUGUAGAUCCUUCCCCUCCUCUCUCUGGACCACUGAGCCGUCCUUCCUGGGUCAGGUGACCUCUCUGACUUCUUCCUUCCCUUCAAAUCCCAGAAUGCACCUGCCUGCCCUCACCUACUCCACCCAGCCCUCCCCAUACAGCUCCUACCUGUCCUCUCCUCCUCCUCCACCUCCGCUGAGCCACAGUGGUCCGUUCCAGCAGGGCAGCUACUACAACUACGGACCGAACCAACCGCUCCAAACCGCGGGGGAGGACCGCAACGUCAUCACUGCACUGAGCAAUUACAUAGAAGGGGCGUGUCUCUCUCUCAGAGGGGAGGAGCCUGUCUGGAGGCCCUAUUGAUUAUGGGAUGUGAUUAAAAUUAGAUUUUUUUUAUGAGAUUCAGACAUUUUAAAUAUUUUUUCAUCCUUUGACCCAUGAGUAAAACAUAUCUUGUGUGUUUUUCACUUUUAUUUUUUAUUAACUGUAACUUCUGAGUGCGAUUAUACUGU